AUGGCGAUGCCUACUCCGACCUUUUUGGCUGCUAAGUUCCGCAGGGGACUUAAUAAGGAGAUUGCAGAUCUGAUUGCUGGGGUAGCGUCUAGAGAUUUUGGUACACUGGUACAGCAGUGUAGGGACAUUGAGGAUGUAUGCAUAGUGAGUAAGGCCAAGAGGGCCAUGAUUGCUGAGGCAAAGGGAACUGGUAGUUCCACUUCCUGGAGAGAAAGGAAGUUUGGGGGAAAAGGUAAAGGAAAGCAGUUGGUGGCUAGGGAGAAAUACAAUAAGUUGGUGAAUGAAAUCACCAACUUCACUCAACAACCAGGAGAAACUCUAUGUGCAGCUUGGACCAUAUUCCAAGAACUGAUCAGAAAGUGCCCCGCAUAUGAUCUGCCAGAAGGAAAGAAGGUCAGAAUCUUCUACAAUGGAAUGACACCAGAUUCCAGAAUGGUUGCCAAUGGUGCAGCCGGUGGGACCAUAGCAAAGAAGACAGCAGCUGAAACUUUAGAGCUGAUCGACUUCAUGGCAAGGGAUGAUAACACAUCAAUAACAGUUCAAACAAGAAGGGGAAUCCUUCAGUUGGGAAACAAUGAUGUAUCACUUGCAGAACAAAAGAUUCUAUCUCAACAGUUAGCUAGUCUGAAUGCAAAGUUGGACAAGUUGCAAUUCUCUACUGCUCAAGUUGACUUGGUGAACUAUGAGUAUUGCCAAGGUGAGCAUGAUACUAACGUUUGCCCAACAUUGGUAGGAACAGAUGCUUUACAAGUGAAUGGAAUCUGGUAUGAACCAAGACCACAGCAGAAUUUCCAGAGAAACCAGAACAAUGCUCCAGAAAGGAGGAUUCAAGGUGGAGGUUUGGAUUACAAAUCCAAUAACUAUUUACAACCUCUUCCAGUUCCACAAACUCAAAUAUCUGAGCUAGAGAAAGCACUGAUACAGUUCAUGAACGAGACAAGGACUCAUCAUAAAAAUCAAGAUGCUUCAAUCAGAAAUCUGGAAACUCAAAUUGGGCAGUUGUCAAGACAAUUAGCUGAGAGAAGUCCUGGAACAUUCCCUAGUGACACUAUAAUCAACCCAAGGGAGCACUGCAAUGCCAUCACUACUAAAAGCAAAGAUCUAGAAAAAAUGGAAGCUUCUACAAGGAAGAAUGAGCACACUCAAGAAGUCAAGGAAGAAGCAAAUGAGCAACCUCCUACAAUUCAAAAGAAGCAAUGGGAUUUCUCACGAUCUGAGAAACCUCCAUAUCCCAUGGGGAGCAAGCAACAUAAGCAAAGGAAGCAAAUGUCUAAAUGUUUAAAAAUUUUUAAGAAAUUGCAAAUUAACAUUCCUUUUGCAGAAGCUUGGGAGAAAAUGCCUUCAUAUGCAAGGUUCCUGAAGGAAUCAUUGUCUAAAAAAUGGAAGCUCACAGAGGACGAACCGGUCAUGCUAACAGAGGAGUGCAGUGCAAUCUUACAGAAAAACAUGCCUCCAAAAGUGAAGGAUCCAGGGAGCUUCAGUAUUCCAUGCACCAUCGGCAAGACGACUAUAGAGAAAGUCUUAUGCGAUCUUGGUGCUAGAAUAAAUGUGAUGCCCCUCACCCUGAUGAAGAAGCUGGGAAUUGAUGAAGUAAAGCCAACGAGGAUGACUGUUCAACUGGUUGACCGCUUAACAAAGCAAGCACAUGGUAUUGUGAAAGAUGCGCUCGUCAAGGUAAACAAAUUUCUAAUACCUGUUGAUUUUGUUAUUCUUGACAUUGAUGAAGAUGCUAGUGUGCCUAUCAUCUUCGGGAGGCCAUUCCUAGCAACCUCAGGAGCGCUAAUCGAUGUACCUAAGGGUGAAUUAAUAAUUCGCGUGGAUGGAGAGCAAGCAACAUUCAAAGUACUUACAAAUGAAGCUCCAGUGCCUGCAUCUCAGCCUAAAGAUCAAGUUAACUACAUUGCUGAGAAAAAGGUUGAGAAAGGGAACAAGAAGGAAGUCCCUCAGCGGCAUGAAGAAAGCAAGCCAAAGGUUAAGAUGGAAAAGCCCAAGAGCAAGGAAGAACAUAUGAAACCUAAGCUUAAAGUUUCUGAGAAGCCUCCUCCCCACCCACGUGCAUAUGAUGCUGGAAAGACACAAUGCUGGAUCAAGAAGACUGGGUCAUCAAUGUUGGCAUGCUUUCAACCACCGUAA